GUAGCAUAGCAACUCAAGCACACGAACUAGAACUAGUACGGCAGUUGCGCUCCCAAAUCUCGCUCAUCACGCCUCUUUAUAUUCUCGCCGCCGGCUUCAUGUAACGGUCAUAUAUCGCCUCAUUUUCUCUCUCCUAGAACCCCUUCCUUUCUAGUUUCUUUCUCUCUCUCUCUCUCUCUCUCUCUCUCUGUAUAUAUAUAUAUUCUCUCACUUCAUCCCUUCAGUACACUCACGCCUCCCUUGUCUCUCUAAAUUAAGAAUUAGCUUGAAUAGUCACAGGUUUUGGGCUGUAAUUAGGGUUUGAUAGUUAUGAGCUGUGACAAGUGUGUGCUAUAAUGGUGGCUGCUGUGUCUGCUACGCCGAACCCUAAUAAGGUCUCAUCACAAGGUGGGGUUCACCACCAGAACAACCCCAAAAGGCCUCCAUUGUUACCUUCUGAGGCUGACAAUGGCGUCGUUGGCCCUCCUCCUCGGAGACCCAAAUCCAGAGAAGUCACUUCUCGAUACUUGUCUUCUAGUUGUACCACUUCAUCAUCUUCGUAUUCAUCAUCGUCGUCGUCGUCGUCUUCGAAUUCGUCUUCCUCCAGGCGCUAUCCUUCGCCUCUUGUUUCGAGAACUGUGCCGAUGACGCCGAUUCCUGCUCCUUCACGGUCGCAAUCUGCAGAGCGGAGGCGGCCGGGAAAUGCCGGGGAGAUGUCGGCUGCUGCGAAGUUGUUGGUGGCUUCGAAGAGGAGUUUGUCAGUUUCGUUUCAAGGAGAUUCGUAUUCGCGCAAGGCGAAGCCAGCGCCGGCGGCGAAUAAUUUGACUAGUUCGAGCAGGAAAGCGACGCCGGAGAGGGAAAAUUCGAAGCCAAUUAUUAAAGAUCAUCAGCAUCGCUGGCCUGGGAGAUCGCGGGAAUUGAAUUGUUCUAUGACGAUAAGGAGUUUGGAUUGUAGUCCCGCUGAUAAGAAAAAAAUGGGGGCAUUGCUACAACAAUCCAUCAUCAUGAUCGAUGACAGCAGUAAAGCCUCAGUUGCUAGCCCCAGAUUGAAAGCCAAUUCCGACCUUGAUAAAGCUGCUCAGAUUGUAAUUGAUGCAAUUUCAGAUGCUGGAUCUGCUGCCACUUCUGAUCUGGUUGCUUCGGACGACACUGAAAGUGUUUCCUCUGGAAGCACUGGAGCGGGGGCGGGAGCUGGAGUUGUACAAGAAUGUUGUGUGAGAGCUGCUGCUCCCGUGCGUGGAAGAGGGCCACGCGGCAUCGUGGUGCCCGCCAGGUUUUGGCAAGAGACUACUAACCGGCUGCAGCGCCGAUUGCCAGAGCAAGUUUCCCCAAUUUCAAAGAAUAAUAAUGGGUUGAAAACGGUAACUCCACCAAAACUCAAUGCAUUGAAGAAAUCCUAUAUGGAUAGUCCAAUUUCAACGCCUAGAGGAGUUUCAGGUAGCAGGGGUUUAUCUUCUCCUCUUCGUUGUGGUGUUCGGCCAGCAUCGCCAAGCAAGCUUGUGACAUCUUCCGUGUCAUCCCCAUCGAGGGGGAUGAUGAGCCCAUCUCGAGUGAGGAAUGGCGGUGUGGCAAGCACCGUGAAUAACGAUUUGGGAAACACUCCUUCAAUUCUCAGCUUUGCUGCUGAUGUAAGGAGGGGGAAGGUUGGGGAUGCACACUUGCUGAGGCUGCUACAUAACAGGCACUUGCAAUGGCGAUUUAUAAAUGCAAGAGCAGACAAUGCAAUGAUGGUCCAGAAAGUGACUGCAGAGAGAAGCCUAUACAAUGGUUGGGUGGCUACCUCGAAAUUGCUGCAUUCUAUCAAAACCAAAAGAAUAGAGUUACAGUUGUUGCGGCAAAACUUGAUGCUAUACUCCAUCCUCAAGGGACAAAUUCUUUAUUUGGAUGAUUGGGAUCUUAUUGACUGGGAUCACUCCAAUUCCUUGUCUGGGGCUAUUGAAGCAUUGGAAAGCAGCACUCUCCGGCUUCCUAUUGUUGGUGGUGCAAGGGCAGAUACUCAAAAUGUCAAAGAUGCUAUUUGUUCAGCAGUUGAUGUGAUGCAGUCUAUGGCAUCCUCUAUAUGCUCUUUGUUGACAAAGGUAGACCAAGUGAACCCAUUGUUGUCUGAACUUGCAAACACAACUGCAAAGGAACGUGCUUUACUUGAUCAGUGCAAAGAUCUAUUGUCCACACUAACAGCCAUGCAGGUGAAGGAUUGCAGCAUGAGAACACAUAUACUACAACUGAGGUGUAAUAAGCCUUCAGGCCUGACAAAUGAAGUAUAAAAAAGCUGAUAUGUCAAUUUGACCGCUUACCUUACGAGCUAACAUAAUGUGAAAUCAGAAAGUAGCGUGUGGUUGUUUGUGGCUUGGAAAAGCUGAGUACCCAUUUUUGCCGCCUUCAAGAUCUGCCGAUAUUGGCUAUACGAGGUGUUUUGAAUUUGCACAGAUGGUGAAAAAUUGUCUUUCUCGACUUCAGUAGUAUAUAGAUAGAUUGUAUACAGGUAUUCUCUAUUAUAGUAAAAAGGAAAAUGUAGGUAAAUAUGUAUAAAUGAUGUUUUCAAUUCCCCAAGUUCUCAGUGGUUAUUGUCCAAUUUCUUUUAGCAGGCAUGUCAUCAUAAAAUGCUCAUA